UGCAGCCUGGGUCCUGACACUUCUCUAACUGUCAAUACCCUACUUUUUCCCUUUUAUUUCUUCAGUUUUUUAAAUUUUAUUUUUUAAAUUUUGAUUUUUUAACUUCUCUCUUCCUUUUUUUCUCUUCUCUCUUUGCGCUCUCUCAUCUAAGACACCUAUAUAUAUAUGUGUGUGUGUGUGUGUGUGUGUAUUUCUCUUCGCUUUUAUAUAUAUAUGUAUAUAUGUAUGUAUAUGUAUACCUAUCUAAAAUAUGCAAUAAAAAUUAUUAACAAAAAAACAAAGGUCUCUGACCUCUCCUCUCCUUUAACCCCCAUUGCCGAUACUGGUCCAGUGUCAAUAGGAAUUAAAAAAAUUAGCACCGAAAGAUUGGGAAAGAACUGGAUACAGGUAUGUGGAAAAAUUUCUUUCCUCCAACUUUCUGCAAAGGAGUCCCCCUCCCUGCUUCAGGUUUUUAGCAAUGGUUUUAGAGGCACUUUUCGGUCACGGCUGGGAGAGCCAUUUUUCUCCUCUUUAGUAGCUUGACUGUGUAAGCACCAUUUCUCUAUAGCAUUGCCUGUAAUCUUUUCCUUGAAAGUGGAUAUAUCCAAUACACAAAAAAUGGUGUCUAAAUAAAAUUACGAUUCCACUUUCCACAAGCAACACAAGAGACUCAGCCAGAAGUACUCCAGGGGUCUAUCCUCCCAGGGCCACUUCUAGAGAAUAUAGGGGAUAUAUGCCUAAAUCCACACCAGAGGAGUUAGCUCAUUCUUUCCAGAGGAUGUGUCAUGAUCACUAAUUCCUUACAUACUACGUGUAUUGCUCAGUUCCCUAGGUAACUACUCUAAUGACAACAAUCAAAGCUCUUAGGGAUGUCACGUGUCACAAUGUCCUUCAGUUGCUCAUUACUGGUGUAGAGGAAAGAAAUAGGCAGACUGGGCAAAUGGGAAGGUUUUGAAGACAAAUGACAUUAACUUAGUAUUUAGAGUAGACCAAUCAGCUGUUCAACAUUAUGGAAACAUUGCUUUUACCCAUUUGCUGAGAGCUAAAGACACAACAUUGUUGGGUAUCAUAAAUAUUGUUGCUGCUUUUUCCUUUAUAGUUCUAGUAAAGGCUUUUUAGGGAUCAGCCCCAAUAAUUCAAUUAAUGAAGGACUUGGAAGAGCAUGGCCAGAACCUAGGAUUUCUUUUCCUAAUGUAUUGCUUAACAUUGUGGUCUCCUGGUGCAUGUGUACACUUGUCUGAUAAUAUGGUCAAACCAAUACCGUCUCCACCCUUGGCUCAUCAGCUGAAAAAACGAAAUGCUAACUUUCUUCAGUAUGGGUUUGCAGUAUGUGAAAUCCCUUUUUAUAAAGUAUGCCGUCCAAAUGUGACAAGAAUUGCGUGUUCAGAGUUAGGAUGUUGUUAUCACAAAGAAGUAUGCUACAAGAAAGCCAUGCCCCAAUACAUGAGAGCAUUUAUUGGCUUAAUAUUCAUCGUCUUUGCCAUGUUCAGUUUAUAUAUGCUGCAAAGUUGUAUUGUAGGAAGAAAACCAAAGAGGUCAGCUAUAAAAGAGACGAUUCAGCCACUAGAGAUAGAAGAGUCGUCAUCUGGACCAAGUGAAAGUUCAAGCGAAUAAGAAUAUUAACUCUAUGUGAAAAACAAGCGUCUCAAACACACUGGCAAACUGAAACCAUCAGUCAACAUUUUAUCAUAUUUGGUAGCUGUACCUCUUAUCUCAACCCAGGUCCCUUCACCAAGCAACAAAUGUUCUGAAGACCUUUUUGAGAUAUGAUAAAAGUGUUAUGCUAAACACACAUGGAGAAGAAACACAGUCCCUCACCUCCUCUCUUUCCAGUUCUGACAACUUCUGUCCAUACAGAAUGAUGUUCAAAAUUGGAGAGCCUCCACUAGUCAUAGGAAUUCUCUAUGAUUUUUCAGAGUCCUAACACUUGGAGAGAAACUCAACAGGUUGGUGGAAACCCUCCAUUUCAGUAUCUCACACUUUGAGUGUAUAGGACAAUUGAAAUAAAGAUCAAAGGCAAAGAAUUAUGAUAUCUCUGUUCCACAUAUGUUUAUAAUAAACAUUUCAAUCAAA